AUGGGUAAAGUAUAUAAAAGAAAAUCUGACAAGAAUCGAUGUCGUUCUCCGUUAUUAUUGACUCUUCAAAGUAUAGUUAAAGGAAGUAACAAUCAUGAAAGUAUUGUUAUUACUAACUGUAUUAUGGACUGUGGCUUCGUGUAAAUACAUCCUUCCCGAAGGAAUCGAUCCUCUUUCUCAACAAAUGAUAGAUUACAUCAAUUAUAUCAACACUACUUGGAAGGCAGGAAGAAAUUUUGAGGGCGUGAGUCUUAAAUACAUCAAAAGACUUAUGGGCGUUCACCCAAAAAGUAAAUAUUAUGGAUUACCUCAAAUUCGUCACGAAGUUCCGAAGGAUAUUCCUGAAUCUUUUGACGCUAGAAAACAAUGGCCUUAUUGUAAAAGUAUCAGUUUAAUUAGAGAUCAAGCUUCAUGUGGAUCGUGUUGGGCAUUUGGAGCUGUAGAAUCAAUGUCAGAUCGAAUUUGUAUUGAAAGCGGAGGAAAAUUGCAAGUUGAACUUUCAGCUGAAGAUCUAAUGACUUGUUGUUAUUCUUGUGGAGCUGGUUGUGAUGGAGGCUUUCCAGCUGCUGCUUGGGAAUAUUGGGUAUCUGAUGGAAUAGUAACUGGAGGAUUAUACAAUAGUAAUGAAGGUUGUCAACCAUAUCAACUUCCUUCUUGCGAACAUCAUACGAAAGGUCCACUUCCACCAUGUUCGGGAGAAGGUCCUACUCCUCCCUGCGUUCAGUCCUGCCGUAAAGGUUAUAAUGUUACUUAUAAUCAAGAUAAAUAUUAUGGUAAAUCUUCAUACAGUAUUUCGAGCGACGUGAAACAAAUUCAAACUGAAAUUAUGAAAAAUGGACCCGUAGAAGCAGAUUUUACAGUUUUUGCCGAUUUUGUAUCUUACAAAUCAGGUGUUUAUCAGCAUCAUAGUGGCGAUGUACUUGGCGGUCACGCCAUUAGAAUUUUAGGUUGGGGAGUGGAAAAUGGUGUUCCUUAUUGGCUUGUAGCAAAUUCCUGGAACCCUGAUUGGGGCGAUAAAGGUUACUUCAAAAUUAUUCGUGGACAGAACGAAUGCGGAAUUGAAAAUGAUAUUAACGCUGGACUUGCUAAACUGUAAAUAAUAUAAAAUAUAUUUUUGUAUAUUAAAUAAAUGUUUAUGUAAAAUGCAAUUUGAGUAAAACGUA